GUCACACUGAACGAAUCGCAUACGACAUAAGCCGGCGUCUCCCAACACGUCUGCUAGCCCUUCUCCCCUUUUUCCGCGCCUCUUCCUAUCUGAGAGCCUCUGCCUAGCUGAACACGAAGGCUCUUCUGUCGUAAAACAGCGACAUCUGGUUUCUAAUAUCCCAGCCGCCGAACGAAGCCUUCUUGUACGGACAGAUACAGGUAGUCGAGGCCAGUAGCCGACCAGCGGUCUACCGAAAAGCUGCAAAAUCGAGCUUGCGUUCAGUUUCAAGCCAAGCGAACUAGCAUGUCCAAUUUGAGACGGGUACUUUGUCCAUUUCAAAAAGCGUACGCAUCAAUUCUCGUAACGAGCUAUUGCCAUUUCAGCUUCUUGAACUGCAUGCUUCUAAUGAUUUUCUUUCCCGCCCACUCAACUCGGCAUAUGUCAGUAGUACAUGCCAGCGAGGGGGCCACUUGGAUUUUUUUAUCCCCGUCUCAUCGUGUUCACGCCAUCAUCCGAUGAUGAGCUCUUAGCAGCGAACAAAUUGCUACAGCCAAUCCACAUGUUUCGCGCCCCCAAGCCAAGCCAGCCCAAGCUUGAAUGCUCGAACGUCGUUGAAUAUCCUAUCGAAUACGUGAGGCGACGUGAAGGCCAGAGGCAAAGUAAAGGAAACGUGGUCGUGAGCAGCCCAUGUUAACAUUAUCCUCCUGCUGAAUACCCAAACCGCCUCUAUCCCUCGUCACCUCCGCACCGCACUCUUUUCGAUCCAUCUAGAACACUAAUAUCAUGUUUUUAGUUGUUGUUGUUGCUCCUAUCGUCCCGCUGUCUUCGCCUUCUCAACUCACUCGCAAAUUCACUCACUCUCAGUAUUUCAAGGUAAACUUUUCUUGCCCGUCGAUCUGUCUAGCUGUCCUGGACUAGAAAGGUAGUCUCCACCCCAGUAUGUAGCUGUCGGAUUUAUGUCUGACUACGUCCACACAAUAUUCGCCUUCCCUUCCAACCCCGAGCGCUGAGCAUGCAUACUGUGCUGUGGCUGUGCACCGAACCUCGUACACCUCCUUGCAUCCGCUACGCUAGGUGCUAUACUGCCUCCUAAUAAAUUUGCACGGAUUUAUGGACGGCUCUUAACGUCCAC